UUUGUCAUCGUUCUGAUUAAAAAUUUCGCAGCCAGUGAUUCUCGACAUUAUAAUAUAACAUUCAACUUUUAACGUGAUUAUACAGAAUAACUAAACAAACGUAAAAUUGUGAUUUUUUAUGCAUGUACAAAUAUUAUACUUCAUUUGUGAAUAAAUUAUGCUCAUAUUAUCAUGUUCGUAUUCACAAAUAUGCUCACAUUUUCAAGAAAUCACUCGUUAAUUUAUUUCACGCAUAAGUACUAUGUAUGAAACGAAAUUGAAGCAUUUAAGAUGUACUGGAAAGAUAAAAUCUCAUAAGAUCCUAAUAGUAAUAAAUAAAAUUGCCAGCAAUGAAAACUAGAUCAACAAGAUUUAAACAAAAAUAUCAUGUUUGCAAGGGAAUAAAUAAUAUUUAAGUUGAAAUUGACGCAUUGUGUAUCAAUAUCGAUGAAGUGUUAAUUGCACGAAAGCUACAUCUUGACAUUUACACAUUCUCGUACGAAUUUCAAGUUCAACAUCGAUUUAAAGUAUCUAUUAAAAAUCAACGAAAAUCACACAUUUUUAUCGUAUCAAAUGCAUAAAAAUAGUAAUUGAAAUCCCUCAUGAAAAUUCUGUUCAUGAAAUGACACGGAAGGUUAAUGUACUGCGGUGUAAAUAUAAUACAUCUAAUAAGAUUAAAAGUCAUAAUUAAUAAACAUCAUGAUUGAAAUAACGGCGAAAUUAAUUAGGGGGCCAGUAUAUUUUUCUGGGGAAGUUAUCGAGUGUUUGGUUACGUUUAGCAAUCCUCCGAAUCCCAUACAUCAAAUUUCUCAAAGUCACAGUGAUAUUUUCGAGAGCCUUGCGUGGGCCAGUGCUCAGGUGCAUUGUCAAUGCUCCACGAACAGUAAACUUGUCCUCUCAGAAAAGAUAAACACGACAGCUCGAUUGGGAGCUAUCAACGCGAAUACAACGUUUGCUCCAUGGCAGCAGGAUAAUGGGCAUGUUGUUUUAAAUACAAAGCCAAAGAUAUUGUUUUGUGAUUUAAGAUUAUCCCCUGGUGAAAGUAAAACAUAUAUCUAUCGAGAGACAAUUCCAAGUGAUGCACCCCCGUCUUAUAGAGGACAUGCAAUAAAAUAUUCUUACAAAAUUACUGUUGGAACGCAAAGAGUGAACACAGCUAUAAAAUUACUGAGAGUUCCAUUCAGAGUACUUUCAUUAAGCGAAUUGCCUGAAGUAACAGCUUGCAAUGACAGCGUGGAUUUAAGUCCGAAUAAUCCCUUCAUGGAAACGCAACACAGAGAAACUCCCUUGGACGUUGCACUGCAGACUCUUCAGAAUUUAACAGCCAGACGUAGCCCGAACUUUUAUAACAUCACGAACGGACGUGGACGCGUAGUAAGAUUCUGUCUAUUCAAAAAUUCUUACAAACUCGGGGAGGACAUAGUCGGGACAUUCGAUUUCUCAAACGCUACUGUCUCCUGCGCUCAAGUCUCGGUCGCAUUGCAGUCCGAGGAACACGUCUCCGAAGAUUACAGGCGAGGAAAAGCAACGACGCCGACGUUAGUCAGUUACAACAAACAUCAUGAAAUGUGCAUGGGCUUGAAAUACUCUCAUCUGGUAUUGCCUAUACCGCUGCACGUAACUCCUGACUUUACUACCGAUUUAAUGACGCUCAAGUGGAGAUUACAUUUCGAAUUCGUCACUACUGCUAAAUUGUUAGAGAUGCCCAAUGAAACCGCGGUGAACUGGCAAGGGCCAAUGACUUUAGACGUUGAGACGAUGAUUUGGGAUUUGCCUGUUCAUAUUCAUCCGACAACUACGCCGCCUAAUACUGCGCAGCAAACGAAAUACAGCAUAGUGAUAUAGCAAAUCGAGAAAUAUAUUGAAGAUUUCAUUACCUCUCGCUGAUGGGCUACUCUACGUGCUUCCUUAAAGGUGAUCUAGUGAUCAAAUGGGAGACUUGAAGCGAAGCGACUGACAGACGACAUUUUAUCCAAGCCAAGACAUGUUUUCUCUACGGGCUCAACAAAAAUACAUUGAAUACUCAAUCUAUUUUCUUAUGUUUAUGGGGGUAAUACCACUCUUACCCCUUAAAUGUGUAAGAAAAGAAAAUGUAUAAAUGAUUGUAUAUAUGUAA